UUUAUUUUUCUAUGAUUUCCUACUAAUAUAAUAAAAAACAAACUUAAACAGUACUUACGAACUGUUACUUACCGAAGCAAAGGAGAAGAUGGAGGUACAAUGAGUUUGAGUUGCCCUGUUCCUAGGCUACGAUUCGUCAAAUUUCAGCUCCCUUCCUGCUCUUUCUCAACAAGCACCCACCAUGAAUGUUUUGAUUUCUUCGCUCGCUCUGAGAACCCACCAUCAAAUCCAAUUGAUUUGUGGAGUCUUGUUCAGUUUCAGCGCGAUGGGUUCAAACCUUACUUGCUCAACAAAAUCAUAUCUUUCUGUGCAAAGUCGGUUGAUUUUGAUGUGGGUAUUCAACUUCACUCGACCGUUAUCAAGAUGGGUUUCUGCACAAAUGUCUAUAUACACAGUGCUCUCCUGAAUCUGUAUGGAAAAUGUGGCGCGAUCUCAAGUGCCCAGAAACUGUUCGAUGGAAUGCCCAACAGAAACGUAGUUACUUGGAACUCGUUGAUUUCUGGAUACUUGAAUGUUAAUUCCGCAGAAGAUGCGAUUGAAUUGUUUGGUGAAAUGUUGAGAGCGGGUGUUGCGCCAACUCCGUUCAGCAUUUCGGCUGCUCUGGUUGGUUGCUCUCAGUUAGAAGCAGGGGAGCUUGGGGAACAGGUUCAUGGUCUAAGCUGGAAAGCUGGGUUUGGUUAUAAUGUUGUUGUUGGCACUGCUUUGGUUGAUAUGUACUCUAAGUGUUGUAAUAUUGAGGAUUCGAGGCGGGUUUUCCAUCAAAUUCGUAACAAGAAUGUUAUUACCUAUACCUCCAUGGUUAGUGGGUAUGCACAGAAUGGGCAUGCUGAGGAGGCAAUGAUUUUGGUAAGAGAGAUGUUGCGCUUGGGACUCAAAUCCAACUAUGUAACAUAUAACAGUUUGUUGAGUUCGUGUUCUAGUCCAGAAGAUUUGGAUCAUUGCAAGCAAGUUCAGUGUCACAUAAUUCAGGAAGGACUAGAAUCUAAUGCGUAUAUUGCAGUAUCUCUUGUUUCAGUCUACUCCAAGUGCAGCAAAAGUUUGGAGGAUUUUCAGAAAGUAUGCUCGGGUAUUAGAUGCCAUGACCAGAUCUCAUAUAAUGCAGUUAUUGCGGGUUUCGUCAAUUUAGGAGAGGGUGAAGAAACUCUCAGAUGCUUCUGUGAAAUGAGGCAAACUGGUAUUGAUAUGGACUUCUUCACCUUCACAAGUGUACUGGGAGCAAUAGGAAUGAUUUCAGCUCUUGUUGAAGGGAAGCAAGUGCAUGCCCUUGUUGUGAAAACUGGUGAUGCUUCCAACAUAUUCGUGCAAAAUGGACUUGUUUCAGUGUAUGCAAGAUGUGGUGUUAUUGAUGAUGCAAAGGUAGUGUUCUCAUCUAUCACAAAACAUGAUGUGGUGUCUUGGAACUCACUGCUGUCAGCAUGUGCUCUUCAUGGGUAUGCAAGGGAGGCUGUAGAGUUUAUGGAGCAAAUGAGAAGGACAAAGGUAAAACCUGAUGGCACCACAUUCUUAGCUGUGUUAACUGCUUGUAGCCAUGGUGGCUUGCUGGAAAAAGGACUCGAGUAUUUUGAUUUGAUGAGAAAGGAUGCACUGUUUGAACCACAAAUGGAGCAUUAUGCUGCUAUUGUCGAUCUGCUUGGUCGAGCAGGUUGCCUUCGUGAGGCAGAGGCCUUUGUUAAUAGUAUGAAGAUAGAGCCGGGACCUUCAGUCUACAAAGCCCUGCUAAGUGCUUGUCGAGUUCAUGGAAAUAAAGAUAUUGCCACCCGCAAUGCACCAAAGCUUCUUGAUAGAUGGCCGGAAGAUCCUGCAACCUAUGUACUGUUAUCAAAAUUGCUCACAACUGAGGGUGAUUGGGAUGAAGCAGCUGGAGUACAGAAGCUGAUGAUUGAUAGAGGAUUGAAAAAGCAGCCCGGUUAUAGUUGGAUCUGAGUUAAUAAAAUAUUGAACGAGUUCUGCUUUUUUGGUUAUGGAAGUGACUGGUCAGUCAGUCAGUCCUGCCUCUGCAAAAUGAAUAUCAUUGAUCUUAAACCGUCUUUCUAACCAGUAGAUCAAAAUUUUGAACCUUCAAUGACUGAUCUUUUCUUUGACGCUCAAGAAUGAUAGCUGAUUAGGGUGAAGAGGGAAAAGUAGGUUCUACAAACAUGCUCUGCAUUCGACAAAACACGGCCCGUCUUGUCUGCUUUAGCAGUAGCUUGAAUUCUGCAUUAUACUGAAUCCUAGAAUAUGCAAUGUCAGAUAUGCUGGAUUGGCUGCGUUCAGGAAUGACUGGUCCAUCAGUGUGCCACGUUCAUCAGUGUUUAUUCAGAGAAGAAUCCUACAGUUCAGCUUCCAUAUGUUUCUCUUAAGAAUGCGAUUUACACAUGUACAUUAGUGUUUAUUUUAAAAAAAAAAACAUAUGUACACUAGUGUUGGAGCUUUAGUAUUAGUCACAGUUCCAAUGUCAAA